ACCUCUCCUUCUGAUGCAGUCAGCGCACUAAAACAAGAAUUUGAGGACAACACCUUUGUUGAACAAGCAGGUGACAACUUUUACGAGGAUUACGACAUGCAGAACUUCGGAAUUACGGGUCCUCCCUCACAGCAGGUGCUUGAAAAAAGGGAGGGGAGAAGAGAGACCAGGGCCUCGGCAGCGGAGCAAGUGGCUUUUUCUGAAAAAAAUGUUCCAGUGGACGCCAGUAGUAGGACUAUCAAGAGCCUGACGAACAUCAAUGUGAGGGUCAGUGACGGAGGGGCGCUCGCAGUCGCCGCGAAGCCGGCGGUUUUGCCCGAACAAGCAGCAAGUAGUAGCCGACCGAGCAGGUAUGGUAGGAACUCCACUUCUAAUUAUGCGGAAGUAGGAGCAGCUGGCGAAGAUUUCGUCGUGGGCCGGAAUGGUAUUAAAGCUGCACAGCAAUCUACGGCACCACCUCCAACGAGACGGUCAAGUAGAAGUCCCUCGACUGAGAUCGUUAGAAGACCCUUGCUGGAUACGCAGGCAGCUGCCACGUCUACUUCGCCGAAGCGGGUGUCGCUCUCGCAACAGCAGCGGUUCAAGUCUGAAAUUUUGUCGAAAGAUUUGAACUUUUGCAACUGGUGCGAGCAGUUGGUGCAGGCGACACAGCUCACCGGGGCCCCCUCGGACACAGCGCCGCCCACCGGGGCCCUGAGUUUGCCCAAGUCCGCGAUUUUGCGCCGGUUCGCGCGGUUCUCGGCGCAGACAAACCUCGCGGUGGAACUAGGC